AUGCGGAAAUGUCCCAUCGUGUUGGUCCUGUUUUGGGUUCUACUACCAGUAAUGACUAAAAUAGUGAACGCCAAGAAUGGUAGCUUGGUGAAGAAGGAAACCAUACGGGGAUACAACACCAAGGUGAAAAGGAAGAAACGCUUUAAAGUAGUAACGAAUAGGAGGAAGACCAAACUAGAGCGGCUGGGAGAUGCCCCCUUAUGUGGUGUAGCCCGGAAUAGGGAUGAUUUCAGGAGCGCGUUACCGAGUGGAGGGCCGAGGGUGAGACAUCUAAAUGGCUACCAGAAGUUCACGUUUCUGUUGCAAAAAAAUGUUUGGGGGAGGGAGAACUUAGCAACGACGCGUAGUUCUCAGAGAACAAUAUUUGGUAAUGAAAAAUAUAGGGCGAAGCUAGGCAUAAACUUUAAAGGAGCUCACCUUUGUUGUCAAAUGAAAAAAGGGACAAGCAGCGCUAUAUGCGAAGAGGGACCAACAGGAGGGCGUGCAGAAAAUUGUGUGUCUUUUUUUUUUAACAAAAUAAAAAAAGGAAUGAACAAAUAUGUAGACCAGAUGAACAAGUUUCUGGAAGAAGAUAACAUGUUGAAUUUUUUGUGGGUAUGUAAAAAUGUCUUGUGUAAAAAAAAAAUAAUUUUUUUAACAUUUUUUGUGAUGAUAAAUAGCGCAAUUAUUAGUAUCAUAAUACCUCGGUGUGAUAAUUUGAUAUUCCAACAUGUAUCAAACAGAAGAUUCGAUAAAUUUGGGCGCCUCCUACUGAAUUGUAUUUUGGUAAGAGUGAUUAACAUGAGUUUGUGCGCGCUACGCAACUACAUUUUCAUGAUCACCAGUUCAGACUCCCUAAAGGAAGUGAAAAAACUCUUGUUCCAAGUUUAUAUCAAUAAGGACAAUGAAUACUAUGACCAAAUGGAUCAUAGCGAAAUUGUGAACAAGGUAACAUUGCAAGCACACGACUUUGCAGACAUCAUCCCAUAUUAUAUAAACCCAUUCAUAAGGAACUUUUUUUCUAUCAUAUUUAACUUUGCAUAUAUGUUUUACUUGAAUUAUAAGUUAUCGUCAGUCAUUAUAAGUUGCUUCUUCAUUUCGUCUGUUCUUACGAUCAUUUCGACAAAACUCAAGAGGAGGAGGAUAAAAUUCAUAAACAGGGAGAAAAGCAGAAACACUAAAAUAUCGCUGGAAGCAUUGAACAAUAUUAAUGUUAUAAAACUUUUCAGUACUGAACUGUAUGAGUGCAGUAAAUAUUCUCAGUCCUUAAGUGACAUUCUGGGCCUUCAAAUUAAGAAGGAGCGUUUUAACCUUAUCCACAUGGUGAUGAGCAAGCUUUUUAUUUUAGUAACAUAUGUAUUAAUACUGAUCAAGGGGGAGAGCCUCUUAAGGGGAAAAGAAAUUGACAGGAAUACCUUCACCUCUUUUUUCUUUUACAUAAAUAAUAUUUACUCUUAUAUUGAUAUCUUGGACUACUACAUCGAUAUAUGCGACAUUGUGAAUCAGUAUCGCCACAUCAUCGGGCUGAUUAAGGAGCGAGUGCAGACUGGGCCGGGGUACAUUCAACCAUCUGACAGUAACUCCUCCUACUUGGACAGUUGCCGCAUUCCUAACAAUGCACCUGGAAAUCAAUUCGCUUUACACAUAGAUAGAACCGACCAAAGUAGCGAAUCCGACGUGGUGCUGCAAUUCAAGAAUGUCUUCUUCAAAUACAAAAAUACAAACAACUACGUUUUGAAAAAUCUUAAUUUUAAAAUUUUAAAAAACACGAAUAAUGUCAUACUGGGAAAAAGUGGAGGAGGAAAAUCAACGCUACUAAAGUUGAUGCUAAAUUUUUACAAAUCCUCCAAGGGAAAAGUAUACCUUUACAAUAAGCCAAUUAGCCAUUAUACGGGAAGAGAAAUUAUGAACAAAUUUUCGUAUGUCCAACAGGAUUGGAAACUACUUAAAGGAACGAUAAAGGAAAAUCUUACUUACGGGAUCACAGACGAUUACACCAAUUUUGACAUGCUUGAUUUAAUUAAUAUUUCUAAGUGUUGUACUUGUCAUGAGUAUAUAAGCAGACUGAGGAAGAGGUACGAAACGAUUAUUUCUAAUAGGACUGAAUUGCUAACCUCUUCUCAAAAGCAGAAAAUUUGUAUAGCUAGAGCGUUAGCUAGGAAUCCGAAGAUCCUCCUCUUGGAUGAGUCCACCUCAGCCGUGGACAAGGACAAUGAACGAGUCAUUUUCCAAAACAUAAGACAGAACUCGCUUUUUAAAGACUUAACUAUAAUUCGAAUAACACAUAAGAAGGCCAACUUGGACUUGGCAGACAACAUUUUCGUUCUGAAGGAGGGGUACAUAAGCAGACAAAAAAAUGUUUAG